GCCUCUCUUUUCUGGUGACGUGAGCCACAGCCGCCAUUUCGUGUGACAGAGGAGCCGGGAGAAGGGGGCGGAAGAAGGAAGCUGGUGAAGGGCAGACGUCGAUAAAAGGACACUACAAUGGGGAACAUGUUUGCAACUCUGUUUAAGGGCCUCUUUGGCAAGAAGGAGAUGAGGAUACUUAUGGUGGGCUUGGAUGCAGCUGGAAAGACCACCAUCCUGUAUAAGUUGAAGUUGGGCGAGAUAGUGACCACCAUUCCUACCAUAGGUUUUAAUGUGGAGACUGUAGAAUACAAGAACAUCAGCUUCACUGUCUGGGAUGUUGGCGGUCAGGACAAAAUCCGGCCUCUGUGGCGUCACUAUUUCCAGAACACUCAGGGUCUCAUCUUUGUGGUGGAUAGUAAUGAUAGAGAGAGAGUUAACGAAGCCAGAGAGGAGUUAACAAGGAUGUUGGCAGAAGAUGAGCUGCGAGACGCUGUACUUCUGGUGUUUGCAAACAAGCAGGUAAUUUAGAAUCCUUAUUCAUU